CAUACACUCACCCACACCGACACCAUGGCAGACGAGCUGCACUCGCCGCUCGCGCGCCGCUUGAGCACACAGCUCCCGCCCGUCCCCGACAGUGCGCCGCGGCUCAAGCGCCUCUCGCUUGUCGCCGCGCGCGACUCCAGCUCCCCCUUCACGCCCGGCUCGCCCGUCACGCCGAGAGACGACGAAGGGCGCGGGAGCAUCGACUCGCUGCGCACGCCGGUCGCGGCGUCGCCGUCCCCGUCGCCCCGCCCGCGACACAGCCGCCGCCAGAGCUCGAUCUCCUACUCCCCCAGCAUAUCCAGUGUGCGCGGGCACGCAGCGCAGAGCAGCUUGUCGCUCCGCAAGGAGUGGGAGCGGGCGACGCCGAGCCCGCUCGCCCUCGAAGAGGAGAAGGAGAAUGAGAGAUGGAGGGCGGAUGCGCUUACGCUCGGCGAGAAACACUCGGACCUCCUCCGCAUGAUUGCGAUGCGGGAGCGGCGGGUGAAUGAGCUUAAGCAGGAACUCGCAAUCCAGGAAGAGGCACUCGCGUCUCUCCGCGCCCGCUGGACGGCCAUAGCGCGCGCCGACGCAGUCAUACCCACCAGCACGCCCACACCACGGAGACGAGACCCCGCAUCGCACACAUCCACACCCUCCACCUCCCUCCCGCCCCUCGUCCGCACGCACCCGAACAGCGUGAGCACGAGUAGCACCGCGUCCUCGCUCCCGACAGUGCCUGACGAGGAGCCGCCCGGAGACGCAAGUCUUGGGAGUCCAAACACGGGCGUGGCGCUCGGCGGGCUCUGGAAUGCGAUCACCGCCGACGCGGACGAGACGAUCCAGGAGGGCAAGCGCUUCUGGGGUCAGCUGCUGCGCACCGUGGGCGCCGCGGCGGGCGGAAACAUUCCAGAGGAAGGCGCUGCGUCCCGGCAAAUGGAACGCACACGCAGCGGGGGCAGCGCAACGGGAGCCGAGGGUAAACUCGAAAUACCAAAUCUCCGGAGCAUGGUAUCCUCCAUGGGCUUCUUGCCGACCCCGGUCAAGCCGCACACCCCGCCACCACUCGAGCGGCGCAGUUCGCGCUCGUCGACCAAGUCGGCGGCCUCUGCGACCUCAACCAGCCGCGAGCGCAGCCCAGCUAAAAGCCCCAUGAGCAACGGCUCGCACUCGCCGACGCGGAGUGUGCGUAGCCUCCGGCGCGUGGCAAGCAGCGAGGGAAAGGCUUGUGAGAAGGCCAGCGAAAAGACCGACACGGCUACUUCUAUCCCGCUUCUGUCACCGACACCUAUCGCACCCGAGCGCCGGCUCAGCGUGCGACUGAAACGGGCGGCACUCAGUCCCAGACCCCGCCCCCUCACUGGCGAAGUGAAGAAGGAGGACGGAAAAGAGGAGGGGCACAGGGAUGACGGGGAGGAGAAGAACGACAGAAAGGAGGCGCACGACAGUCCGCGACUAGUGACCGCUACGCUCGAGAGCGUGGGAUGGUAGUUGUAUAAACAUUGCAUCUGAUUUCCGAG